AUAAAUUGUGAGGAAAAAGCCGCUUUCUCUCUCUGCUUUCCCUCUCUAAAAAUGUCCCGAUUGCUGUCAAAAACCCUAAUUCCCCAGGGGAGAUUCUUCCUCCGUCGUUUCAGCGAGCCGGCGAUUAGGACGACGGCGCCAAACCUCGUCUGUUUCAGCCGCCGUCCCUUUUCUUCGAAGCCGCAUCUGAUCGAGAUCGACCUCGAUUCUUCCUCGUCAGCGACUUCCAAGGCUGAAGCCGAAGCCGCGAUCCUCAGGAAGCUGAACGAGUUCGUUAGGAGGAUCGUCGUUCAGAAUUCGACUCCUGAUUGGCUCCCUUUCGCACCCGGAUCCUCCUUCUGGGUCCCGCCGCAUCAGAACACGGCCGCGAAGAUCGCUAAUUUGGUCGAUAAGGUGACGAAUCCGUUGACGGAGGAGGAAUCUUUCUCACUUUCCUCUCCUUCUGGCUGGCCUUGUUCCUCUUUCUUCAUUCCUUCAGAUGAUGAUGGUUCUUCAUCUACAAAAGAGGUAGAAGGUAGCAUGGAGCUGAACAUUCCGGGGAAUGAGAUGCUGGAAAUCAAGCUAGCGCAUUUUCCAGAUCCGAUCUACUCGUUUAAACAAGGAGACGACGAAGAUUGAAUUUGCAUUCUCCAGCUCCUGAUGCGUGGUUUGCAUAUAAGAGCUUGGAUAAACAGAUGAUUCCCGAGACUGAUGAUGAGGUUGUAUUUGUAUAUACAGUUGCAAACCAUGGAGUUAUAUGAUGAUGUUUGGCCGUCUUAACGCCUUUGUUGACUAUAUUUUAUAAAGCUUUGAUAUAAUUUAAGCUUGGUUCCCACUUUUUAAGCCAGAGUUCGAGUAAUAACCAUUACAGUUAUCUUUCUAAAACAUCGUUCUUUGGGUGCAAGAAACAACAAUGC